AUGGAGAUACGACAAGUCACCAGGCUCACCAAGGAGGACAUUUCCGGCCGCGACUUUUCCUUUGAGAUAUCGUCACAAGUGGCCAAGCCGUACGAGGCCCUCGCCCUUGGCGCGGAAUUUGCGACUACGCCUGUCGAACUAGUCAAGAAGGACUUUGGCUUCGAUGAAGCCGAGUUUGAAAAUAUCAAAGAACCGGACGGUGUUGUCUUUGCUGUGGUGGAAGACGAGCAGGUAUAUGGAUAUGCCCAUGCAGCAAAGGCUUGGAACAACAUGGUAGAGCUUCGUUGGAUCGCGCUGGAUGUGAGCAUUCGGGGACGCGGCUACGGGAGGAUGCUGUUGGAUCAAGUGGUGGCAUGGGCGCGGAAGCUGGGAGUUGCUGGCAUUCGGCUGGAGUCUCAGUCCAACAAUGUUGCGGCGUGCAUGUUGUACAAGCGAUAUGGCUUCAGGUUUGGUGGCUACGAUGAGUAUCUGUACAGAGGGAUUCCUGAAAACAGCCACGAGACGGCUUUCUUUUGGUACUAUAUGCUAGACUAG